AUGCUGGUUCGUCCUAAGGGCGGCAAGAGCCUGUGGGCGGAGUCUCAAAUUGACUUUUCUCCAUUCCUCACCAUCCCCAUAGUUUCAGCAACAAGUGACUUUGCCUCCAAAGCCUGUUCUUUGGUAAUCCUAGAUCAAAAAAGCACAUCGUGUUUGUCAGACGACCGCUACCCAGCCUCUCAGGCUAGCCGACUUGUAUCUCGCUGCGAUGUGCAUGGCGGAGUUUUAUGCCUAGACCUGACCGUUGAUGUUUAUCCGUCGGCCUGA